AUGUAUGAUCUUAAGAGUAUAAGGAAACGUGUUGGUCAUGGUCGGUUGAGUGGUGAUCCCCAUUUCGGGAAACUACAGGAGUGUGUCGCAGGCAUGGUUGGGAUUUUAGAGCAGCUAUGUGAUCAAUUUUCUGCUCAGUUAUUUAGAAUUGACUUAGGUCUUAGGAAUGCUCCUGCUUUAUGCAACUCCACUAAUUCAGUGGAACUACUUCAGUCGAAGGGUGGAGCUUCAACUGACUUUUGCAUGAAGGUAUGGGACAUAUGUGGAAACAUACCCAUCCUGAAUUCCCUAUUUGUUCCAUCGCUACGAAGAAGAGCUGGCAUAUCAUUUGAUUCUUCACCUUCUAAACUGUUGAAUUUGUGGCAAUCAAAGAGGGGCUUUUGUGAAGCAUUUGGCGUGCCUUUAGAUGAUGGAGUAGUAUGCUUCGAUGGUGAAACUAUUUUAUUUAGCAAUGCAGAAGAUCCUCAACCUCCACAGGGUCUGUGCCUUGAGAAAAUUGGAAAUGGAUCUUAUAUUAAUAUGGUUCCACAUCCUGAUGGCUCAAGCCAAGUCUUCUUGAAUAACCAACAAGGUAAAAUAUGGUUAGCCACUAUUCCUCGGGAGGGGUCCAAAGACGUUUUGGGAGUUCAUGAAUCCAACUCCUUUAUGGAUAUAACUGAGCAAGUGCUUUUUCAAACUGAAUUUGGGGUGAUAGGAAUGACAUUUCACCCAAAAUUUACAAAUAACGGUCGAUUCUUUGUCUCGUUUAACUGUGAUAAAAUCCAACAUCCAGGAUGUUCAUGUAGAUGCUCAUGCAAUACAGAUAUAAAUUGUGAUCCUACGAAGCUUGGUGCUGAUAACGGGAUUGAGCCAUACCAGUACCAUACUGUUAUCGCAGAGUUUUAUGCCAAUGGAAAAAGUGUUAAUCCAUCAGAAGUGAGGAGGAUAUUCAUGAUGGGGCUUCCAUAUCGAGGAGCUCUUUUUGGAAGUGAUGGGUAUUUGUAUUUUAUGAUGGGAGAUGGUUCACGUGGAGAUGAUCCUUACAAUUUUUCACAAAACAAGAAAUCCUUGCUUCGAAAGAUUUUAAGAUUUGACAUAGAUAACAUACCAACAAAUAUGUUGACUAAGCCCAGCUUGACUAUGGAAGACUGGAGAAGAGAAGGCCGAACAGACUUUGUGAGCACAUCUGUAGUCUGUUCUGAAGAGGGAACAAAAAUAGGGUUAAUGAUACCUAAGCGAACCUUCUCUCGAAUAAAGUGA